AUGGGCUCAAUCAAAGUAGUCGGCAGGCCACUUCUCGCGCCGAACGUGGCACCGGCCAGUGACGCUCCGAAGGAGGUGUUGAUCUAUAACCAUAAUGAAUCACCUCAGGUGCCACAUGCGCCAGAAAACAUCUUCUUCUAUGGUCAUCGCGCUCCAAAAAAGGGCGGUGAAUCGCCCAUAUCAUCUUCAUUGGAACUGUUUAAUCGGGCUCAGCAGGAGAUCCCGGAUUUCAUUGCCGAUCUGGCGGAGAAAGGGAUUCUCAGCCGGGUUACCUACCAAGCUGAAAGGCAACACCAGGGCGGUUCCACUCUCCGUGACGCAUUCGGGAAAGAGAUUGAAGAUGGGGACGACGAAGAGACUCAAAGAAAGAAAAUAGAGGCUCAGAUUGCGCGGUAUGGGCGAGAGAAACAUACGACAUGGGAAUGGGCUGAUGAUGGACUUGUUCUCACGCACCGAUUACCCGUGAUUCGGACCCAGCGCGGGACUAAUUUGCCUACUCUUUUCACUGGAUUGGCGGCAUACUGGAAAAGAGCGCAGAGCGACAUUGAAGCGCGUAGGAAGGUAACGCAGCAGCUGUUUGGUGAUGGUAUGCCUAUUCCUGACCAAUAUCUCGCCAAUCUGGCCAAGAUUACAGAUGAUAUCCGGGUGUUGCAUCGGUGGCAGGAGGGUGAUGUCUUGGUUUAUGAUAACACCAUUGCGCAACAUGGCCGAGAGCCGUGGGAAGGUGAACAGUCUGAUCGAGUUGUUAUGGCGGGUUUAUUUGAUGGAGAGAGUGUGCCUGGGGCCUAUGGCUUUGGGGAUUGGGCGCAAGUUGUACAAGCGUUGGAUUGA